AUGGCCGCCGCGAGGGCCGCCCCGCGCGAUCUGACGUCAGAGCUUGGAGAGGCGGGCGCCGCCCGGUUGGCCUCGGCGCCUCCUUACGGAGUUGGCGUAAGGGGGAGAGGCGCCACCGGGGGAGGCCCGGCUGGGGAGCGGUGCUCGGGGCGGGGGCCUGGUCCGCGCCCGGGCUCCCAGCUACUGACCUGGCGGCGUGGCGAGUGGAGGGGAGAGACAGUUGGAGGCAAGCGUCCGUGCCCCGUCCACCCCCGCCGCCUCAGCCUCCUGCGCGGGGUCGCAACAGAAAGAACCCUUCAGAGAGGAACGCCAGCAACCUCCUGUCUCCAUCUUCAUCAGCCUGCCUGCCCCCAUGCCCACCCUGCCCGACAUUGCAGGGCAUCAGCCACCUCUGUAUUACUUACCAGGAAUGGCCAGGCGCUUGUCACCAGGAGCAGAAGGGUUGAGAGCUUACGCCCCGACGUGAGCCCGCCUGUACUGGAGAGCUGGCUCUGCCACGUCCUAAGUCCUUGCUCAAAAUGCCAGCCAGGGGGAGUUGCAUGGAUCUGUGCGUGGAACCGAAGGGAGGAGGGCAGCUGCUCCUUGGAGAAUCUGACCUUCACAGCUUCUGGAGCAGAAAGACUGUUUCUACAGAAGAGCCCAAGCAAACCUCUGACCUCCAGGCUCAGAAAAGCAGAAAAACCAGAUGAAGCCACACCAUUGCUGACAUCAGGACCAGAUGCACUGAUCAGCUACCUGGUAACCUAGUGCUGACCAAUUAAUAGAGACCAUGACCCUGAUUCUAUGCCCUUAUUUUUAUGAAUCAGCAUAUUAAAGAACACACCUAGAAAGCUGAUGAAUAUUCUAUUGAGAUCCUCCCUUGAGGCCUCCCCUAAAAUCCAUGUCUUUAGAAAAUGGAUAAAAACUUUUAAGACAAA